CCCUACGCAUCCCAGAAAUGUUGACUCCUCAUCUAUAGUGCAGCGGCGACUCAAAUCGUGUGAUUUUGGACGGCGACCUCUUCAUUCUAUAAUCCGGCGAUGUCGUCGCUCUGGCAGACUCCGGCACCUCUUUGCACUUUCGCCAACCGCCGCCGUGGUCGAAGAUCGGUAACUGGUCGUCGCGCACAUCUGAAGGCGCUGCUGCGUGUCCAGAUUUCAUUCACUCGUCUGUACGGCCUCUGCCUUAAAACGCCGCCGCCGUCGGGAUUGCAGGCUGUCACCGAAGCCGGAUUCUGUCCACGAUUUUCGUCGAUGUUGGGUCAUGAAAUCGGCGAGGUUCGCUGUUCGCCUUCUGAUUCGACGGUUUGCACAUUGAAGAGGAUGUUGAAGAAAGUAGGAGCCUUCGCCAAGGAUCCCAUACUAGAUAUGCUAAUACAGUAUGCGGUGUUUUUGAGCUCGAUGCUUGUGCUCGAAUUGUGUUAUGCUAAUACAAAGUAUUGGAUUUAUAUAAUAUUUGUUUUCUAUUCAGAAAAUUAGUAUUUUUAUUCAACA